UUCUCAGGCGAAGGUAAGCACAAGCAAUGGAGGUCUAAAGCUGACUCUAUCCUUCCCUCCCCAAUAAAGCAAUUUCACCGAUUCACUUCAAUUCUUCAAACGCCGUCGUUUCUGUACUCCUCGGAAUCCUCUCUACCCUCCGCUCCGCCCGCUUCCGUCGGCGCUGACUCAGUCCGAUCGGAAGCUUUGUGAAUUGACAGAAUUGUAUCAAGGGGCUGCAGCAACAUCAGUUUAAGUUAUCUUUGAUAAUCAGAAGUGACCUGUGGUGGGCCAAACACGGCAGCCUUGUUCUAGAGUUCUAUGCUUUCGUUGUCCUUUAUUGUGUUAUUGGACUUAGAUGGAUGUUCCCUCGGUGGAACUAAAUUGUGAAAGCGAAGAAGACUCUUACCCUUUAUUAAUGGCCCAGCCAGAAAACAUCAGCAGCAGUGAGCAUAUCAUUAACAUAACUGGUACUGGUGAUUCUGCUCCCUCUAGUUUGCCCCAUGGUAGGAAUUCAAAUGGCUUAAAUUCAUCACAGCCUGAAGAUAGACCUUCAAGUAGUACACGAGUUCCUUCGUCUCAACCUUCAAUUUCUACUACUGGAUCAAAUUCUAGAAAUUCUUCAUUCAUAAGAAGAGGAGAUUCGCGACGUCGUAGAAGUCCAUUAAAUUCUGGCUUAUGGAUAUCUAUUGAAUUGCUACUCACUAUGAGCCAGAUUAUUGCAGCUAUUAUAGUAUUAUCAUUGUCAAAGAAUGAAAAACCUCGUGCACCUUUGUUUGCAUGGAUUGUGGGAUAUGCAUCUGGGUGUGGUGCGACACUUCCUCUUCUCUAUUGGCGUUAUCGACACCGUAAUCAGGCUUCAGAACAAGAUUCUCUUCAACCUAGUCAGAAUUCUAAUCGCAUUAAUGUUCCUGCUGGGCCAUUCUCUGUUUCAGUUUCUAGGGCAUCAGAAGGCGAAGAACUUCAUCAUCCUGCCCCAUCCCCCAGAGGCAGUGUAGGGUCAGGAUUACUGACAGCAAGGGUAAAAGUUUUGGUUGAAUAUUUUAAGAUGGGCCUGGAUUGCUUCUUUGCUAUUUGGUUUGUAGUUGGUAACGUUUGGAUCUUUGGAGGGCAUUCAUCAGCCUCUGAGGCUCCUAAUUUGUACAGGCUAUGUAUAGUGUUUCUUACCUUUAGCUGUAUUGGUUAUGCCAUGCCCUUCAUUCUAUGUGUAACCAUAUGCUGUUGCCUACCUUGUAUAAUUUCCAUCCUUGGCUUUAGAGAGGACUUGACACAGACCCGAGGAGCCACAACAGAAUCGAUUAAUGCAUUGCCAACUUAUAAGUUUAAGCUGAAGAAAAGUAGAAGUGGAGAUGAUAGAGAAAACAACUCCGGGGCUGGUGAAGGAGGAGGAGGGGUUGUGGCUGCUGGAACUGAAAAGGACGAAAAGGGUUCUUGUAUUUCGCUUCUGGGUUUGGUGUUUUUGGCCGAGAAGAGCUCGAUACGAGCUAUAGGAGCUUGUUUUUCAAGAAACUAA